CGUUUCUGGGAGCUGAAGAAGGAAUCGUCAACUCGGACGAACAUGGGGAACUUCCCUUCGACAUCCUUGAAAACUUCAGUGACACAGAGUUCAGCAGUGAAGACAUCCACAAAGAGGUGGAGUUCACGGUGGCCCAGGUUCAGCUGAAGAAGAGAGCGAUCCGUCUGAUGAGGACCAGGAAGGUCAACGACAAGAUCCUGGAGGAGCAGAAGAAGAGAUGUGAGGAGGAGGAGAAAAGAAGAAGAUGAAGGAGAAUGAGGGGGAGGACAAGAGGAAACAAGAGGAGGAUGAGAGAAGGAGGAAGAAGGAGGAGGAAGAGGAGGAGCAGUGCAAAGAGGCAGAGAGGAAGAAGAAGGAGGAGGUAGCAGCAGCGCUUGCCGCCGCCCAACAUAAGUGGACGCCGUUCGGUUUCAAGAUGAGAGCCCCCGACUCCCAGGACGAGAUCAGCAAAGACCGAUUUGAGGGAACCGUCCUCAAAGCUAUCGGCAAACAUCCACAGAAAGAGAUGAAGAAGGAACCACACAACAAAACCGAGGAGUCAGGAGGAGAAGGAGGAGCUCUGAACGGACAGACGGCCCUCCAACAGCAGGUGAAGAUUAAAGAGGAGAAAGAGGACGAGUGGAAACCUGCGGCAGGUGAAGAGCAGAAAGAGAUGAAGAUCAAGAAGGAGGAGGAGGAUGAGGUUGUGAUGAAGGCUCAGCUGACCUCUGACCUGGGCCGUCUGGUCAUGACCAUCGAUGGACAACAGAAACAGCUGCCGUUCGGUCCCGAAGACCUUAUGACCACUGCCACCAUGUUGGACGGAGACAAGGUUCGCUUUAACAUCGCCACAAACCAAAACACUAAGGUGGAACGGGCAACAUACGUGGAGAUUCUGCCCGAUUCGUUCGAAGAAUCAACUGAACAGCGUCGACAUGGCAUCGUCAUCGAGUUCUUGUCCGACUCGGGCCUCAUCAAAUGCAGUCAGAACCCUCAGCUCUACUUCCACAUGUCGGAGGUGAUUGAGAGGAAGAAACUGGAGCUCAACGAGAAAGUGGAGUUCAGCGUUGUCCCACAUGAGACAGCGGAGGGCGGGAACCAGGCGAUCCGGAUCAAGCGCUACACUGAGAGCGUCUUCCUUCCAACCAGGAAACUGGGCGGAGUUGGAGCCAACAAAGGAAAGAUGACCAUCAAGCUGACAAAACCAGAAGUAACAGAGAAGGACAAACCAGACACCGACAAGCUGAAAGCCGUGGUGAAGAGCCUGAGAGCGCAGGACAGCCGGAGCAGAAGGGAAUACAGCGCCACCCGGCGGCGCUACAGCAGCAGGAGCAGGAGUCGCAGCAGGAGCAGAGGAAGGACUCGGAGCAGUAGCAGGAGUCCACACAGAGACCAGUUUGGACGAGUAACCAAACGGAAACGCAGCCCUAGCGUCGACCGCGAUCGUAAAGGCAGCAGAAGCCGCCGAAGCAGAAGCCAUAGCCGAGAGAAGCGGAGCAGACGGACCAGGAGCCGAAGCUUGAGUCGAAGCAGGACUCGCAGCAGGAGUCAGAGCCGAGAAAGGAGCAAGGAUCGAUCUGGCAAGAGGAGGAGCAAAAGCAGCAGGGAGCGGGAAGACAGUCACCGGAGGAGGAAGGAGUUCAGCCCUCCUCCCUCCAGAAGACCUGGACUCAUGGACGAUGAGCUGGCGAGGAAGAAGCGUGAGUUGGAGGAGCUCAACGAAAUGAUUGCCUACAAGAAGUCUCUGGUAGACCCCCGAGGCAUGGACCCAGGCCAGAGGACCUGCAUUGACUACGACCAUGGGAGGAUUGCCAUCCCACUAACAGAGUAUCAACCUGUGCGGUCCAUCCUGAAGAAACGGCCAGAAGGUCCCGAGUAUCACCACCGACCUCCUCAACCCUAUGAUGAUCCGUAUUAUGACCGUCCUUACCAAGACCACCGGUACAGUGACCCAUACGCUAAACGGUACAGCGAUCCCUAUACCAGCCAUCCCUACCCUGACAGGUCUUACAGUGAGCGACCCUUCAGUGACCGGCCUUAUGAGAGUCAUGUUUAUUCUGAAGGUCCUUAUGGUGCCCCUCCUGCUACCAGUCACAGCUACACCGAUCGCUAUGACGUGUAUGAUGAACCUUAUGAUGAUCGUUACUCUGACCCACUCUAUGCAGACAGACGAUACACCCAUCCAUAUCCUCCUUCCAAACGGAGCCAGUCUCCAGAACCCCGCAGAUCUUCACCAGAUUCCCAGUCCACCCCAGUUCCUGGUUCCUCCACCCAGAACCUCAGCGCACGUCCUUCUGCUGGACCUCCUUUCAGACCCCCAUCCCCGGCAGAUUCUCCUCCUCGAAGUCCAUCCCCCAAACCUAAAAAUACAACACCACCUCCAGUUGAGAAACCGCCCCUGGAUCGUUUCCUUGACAUGUUAAAUAAAAAGAAGACAGACACUGGGAAAGUAUCGGAACCCAUCGUUCAUGAUGACCUCUUACCUCAUGAACGAGCCCUCCAAGAUGGCAGGGGUUUCUCCAGGAUUGUAGGUUUGACUCAAGAACAAGCAAGCACGAAUUUACCUCACGAAAUGGAACUGAAACCACGUAGCCCUAAAUCCUCCUCAGCUGAAAGAAUAACCAAGGAACUGAGCAACACCGAGGAACCUUACGACAAGAUCCAGAGUCUGCUCCGAACCAUCGGCCUCAAACUCAGCACAGGAGACAUGUCCAAACUGUCCAGUCGAACCCAGGAGGCGAUCUACAGCCCCAAGUCCACCUCUGCAGAAAGAGACAUUCAGAGAGAAGAACAAAGAACCCCUAGAACUGGUUCUGUUGAAUCGGAUCGUACCCAUUCCCCAUCUCCUGCCAGGUCCUCCAGUUUGGAGCCAAGGCAUAAGGUGGUCAACGAGUAUGAAGGAUUCCUGGAUCAGCAGGAGUUGGAGGUGCUGCAGAAGGCACAACAAUUGCAGAAUCUCACCAGGACGAUGGGUGGUACUUCCACCACUGCUCCAGCACCCAAACCUCCUCCUGGAUCGCCACCCACCCAGUACAAACACCUACCUCCAUCACUGAGCUGGUCCCUGGAUGCACCCCCCUCCUCACAGAGCUCCUCAUCUCUGACUCAAACACCAACUACACCUGCUGAACCAGCUCCGAAACUCACCAGGCCUCCUCCAGGACCUCCUCCUGGGCCUCCACCACGCCGCGCUUCUCUGCAGACUCCUCCAGGACCUCCGCCUGGUCCUCCCCCCCGGCGUCCUCCUGGACAGCCUCCAUUCAUUCCCACCUCCGGUCAUAUCUUUCCAUUCAUUGGUCAGUCCUCAACAGCUCCUCCCACCGCUUCCUCUGGUAGUUCACAACUUCCACCCACAGCUGCAACUGCUCCAUCAUCAACACCAGCAACAUCAACUUCCUCAAGCAAUGAAGAGGCAGCCAUUUCUACAACGGUGGCCAGAUGUCUGAAGGUGAUUGAGACAGUGAAAUCUCUGGCAGUGCAACCUCCUACCAAACCGGUUAAAUCUGUCCAGUUCAGUUUACCCUCCACCUCCACACCUCAAGCCUCAACAGAGACGGAAGACGAAACCAAGACCCUCCAGACAGAAAAGACGGAUUUGUUUAACCAGAGGGUGAUGGAGAAGAGAGAGCUUGAAUAUCAACGCAAAAAACAAGAGAAGAACAAAGAUGGUGCAGAGAUCAGUCCAGGUAAGCCCAUUGGCAGCGAGCAGAAGAAUGUCUGGAUCUGCGGCCACUCACUGGUUUACUGGGCGGAGUCUCGGUCCAAGUCUGCAGAGGUAGGUGUUCACCUGGACCUGGAUCCGCGCAAGAUGGCACUUUGGUGGAAGGGUGUCCAGGGCAUGACGUGGCCCCAGCUGCUGCCUCAGCUCCACCAGCUGAAGGUCACCUGGCCCAACCCCGACAUCCUCAUCAUGCACCUGGGGGGCAACGACCUGAGCACCGACAGCCCCACCGACCUGCUGGCGUCCGUCAGGAGGGACCUGACGUCCAUGAGGACCAUCUUCCCCCGCUGCAUGCUCGUCUGGUCCUAUAUUCUGCCCCGCAGGGUGUGGCGCCACUCACCCGACAGUUACGAGGUAGACCUAGUCCGGACCACGGUGAACCGCCGCAUCCACAGCAUUGUGUCGGAGCUGGGCGGGGCCUCUCUGACCCACGACAACAUCCGCUGUGGAACCAACACAGGCCUGUAUCGGGCCGACGGCAUCCACCUGUCACCCAAAGGCAUCGACAUGUUCAACCUCAACUUGCGGGAUUUCCUGGAGAAGUGGGAAGCGGAGGUGAACAAAAGCGAGUGAAGAUCGGUCCGGGUGGGCUUAGGGUUAGAGGUGUCGGUUCAGAGCUGAAAAUACUUUAAAGAAUCCAGUGGUGAUGGUGGUUUUAGCUUCAGCCUCAUGUCGACCUGCUUGACGUUGACUCUGACCUUCAGUUUAUUCUUCAAGUCGUCAUCAAACAGUUGAGCUUUAGUCACAGGUUUGUUUUUUAUCCUUGUUUCUGGUCAGUCUUAAAUAUUGAAAGGAUCAUUUCUUCUGUGUCUUUUUGUUUGGCUGAAGAGAAAGGAAAUAAAUAGUGAAUUGUUUUUAUGACUCAUGUCAAACUUGUGUCCUGUUGUUUUUAUCACAUAUGUGACGUUUAACACAGAACCAGAGAAGUAUGACAAACAUUAAGAUAUAGAAAUGAAAAAAAAAAAAAAAACACACUUUAAUGGAUCAGUCAUAAAUGUGACCAAAGAAACUUCAGUCAGAAAAGAGAAACUCAUUUGUGAAAACUUCUUGUUUUGUGUCUUAAUGUUACUUCUGUCUUGUUGCGUCUUUCAUAUUUACAUUUUUUAGGUGGUUUUUCAACAUCUAAUCAGGAAAGAGUCUUGUACAUUUUCAUUUCUAUUUUCAUAAACUCAGUUUCUCCAUAUAUUCAUCCUUUCAUAAAAUAUGAGCUUAUUCUUCUUUUAUACCCCCCUCCUGUCCAUGGGGGUGGGUUUUGUAAUAGUAGGAAUUCUGUCCGUCUGAGGUUUUUGACCAAUUUCUGGAAGACUGUUCAUCCAAUUCAUCAGAUAAAAUGCAAUCAGACUGAGUUAAAACUUGGUUUGACUGAACUACCAAAAAAGGAGAGUGAUUUAGUUGAAUCUAGUUUGCUAUUCUCUGUAACAUUCACCAUUAAUCUCUGGCAGGGGUGUCAGUGAGCAAGAGGGGUGAGGCUAAUAGUAAGCUCCGCCCACUUCCACACUUGUCUUAUAACAAAUUAAUUCUUCAGUUUGACUCUGGACUCAUGUUCGUUCUCUGGUCGUUUUUGGCGGUGACGUCCAGGUGAGUCUGUGUUUUGUGUGCAGGUUCAGGUGGAGGCGGAACUCAGCACGACCAGAGAUGAUCACAUGACCCCAACCUUGGCCAUGAUGUCCACAACUACAGCUCAAUGUGACAAAUGUGACAUUUGAUGCGUGUUUGUCUUUGGUUUCAUCCACUAAACCAGAGUCUGACGCAGGCCUGUGGCAUUCUGGGAAAACAUUAAUAUCUGAAGUAUUUUAGGAGACGUUACAUUUACCACAAAAAACAACCAGUCUCAUAUUUGAUUAGAAUGUGCAGACGUUUGCCUAAAAGGUUCAGAUGAAUCCAAGUAUUGUUGAUUUUUUAUCCUGUUUGGUUUCAAUCUAAAGUUAAAACUCAACCAGAGAUUCUGUUGAUUCAUAAACCACAUCAUGGGUUAAAGCAGCCAAAUGAUCCGAUGAGUCUAUCAAAUGUGAGAAGUUUCUGAGAUUAAAAACCCUGAUGAAUAAACUGGAGGAAAAGAAAUGAACCAAAUCAUGUUUGAUGACUCAUGACAUAGUCCAGUUUUAGUUAAUGACGCCUUUGGUUUGUUCUUCAGACUCUGAAAAAUAAAAUAUUAAAUACAUGAAAGAUCAGAAUCUGAGCAGUUUUACAUCAGAUUAAAACAGACUGUAAACACAAACCCCUGCUUCAGGAGAAAACCUUUAAAACUUGGAUUCAGGUCUGUUCCAUUCACCAGGUCUAAGAGCAGAAGCUGACGACAGCGUGACAGAAACUGGAAACAAAAGUCCAAAUGGUUUUAGUCGAAAAUUCAAAGUUCAUCUGUUCAAGAAUUCACAUCAACCAUGAACAAACAGAUGACGUCAGAAACCAGACAUGACUAAAGCCUGAACUGGGUCAAUGUUGGACAUUUUUAAUGAGUUUGGUCUCAACAGUAGAACCGACGUCUGAACAGGUUCACUAAAUAAACUCCAGGUUGGGUCUCAUUCAUCACUGUCAUUAAUUAAUAAUAAUUAUCAGAAAACUCACUUAUUUUUCUUAAUAAAUCUUGGGUUGUUGGUGGAUGUUAAGGUUAUUCACAUUUUGUGUAAAACAAUAUUUUCACAAUGUAAAUGUACUUUUUUUGCACGAAAAAGUGUGGAUUUGUCAUUUUUAUUUCUAUGUUAUGUUGGUCGGAAGUAAAAUGAGUUUGACAUCAGUGAUGUGAAUCCUCAGGUUGAAGACGAUCAACGUGCUUUCACGUGACACCAACAGAUGAACACGGGAGAUGAAAAGGUUUGGAAUUUACUGGACUUGGUGGGGUUAAUGUGAUCAUGUGACCAUUAGAAAUGCCAUUCAUCCUCUAACGUUAAUGUUGGAACCAUGUGUUUAAGAGAACAGAGAUGACUGAUGAAAGUAUGAAAUGUAGAAACCUGCUGGUGUCGAUGUUCGCUCAGAGAAGCAGAAAAUUGCAUGAAAACUCAAAUAAAUGACCAGAGUCGACCAUUUAAACAUGAUAAUUCAAGUUCUGAUGAAAACCUGCUCAGAUCUUUAGAAUGAAACCAGUUUACUGUGAAAAAAGACAGACCAACUUCGUGGAUGGAAGAUGCCCAUGCUCUGAUAAAAGAAAGACAAAUCCAGUUUUAUCAUGACACAAACAGACCCUGCUGACUGACUGUCCAUCCGUCCACAUACUUCUGUCCACGUGUCCAGAACUCUGGUUGGUGGAUAAACCUGUAAAUAAGAUCUUCAUAUUUCAUUGUACAUAUAUGUAAAUAUUAAAUCUUUACUCAAUUGUUUAAUAAAAUAUUAACAUGG